GCUUUAAUUCUCCAGCGCCACGGUCCACACCUCUCAAUAUGGCUUCACCAACGGCUCAGCACCUAAUAGAUGUCCGCACGCCCGGCGAAUUCUCCACAGGACCCCUCUACAAUGCCAUCAACAUCGAAUACCAACUGAUCGACCAACUCUCUAGCAUUAUCCCCACCGUUCAGAAGUCGGAUGCCAUCACCCUAUACUGUCGUUCUGGCAGGCGCUCGGCGAUAGCGCUGCAAAUGCUGAAGGAUCUGGGCUAUGAGAAUGUGAGGGAUAUUGGGGGAUUGGAGGAGGCAAGGGCUGUGCUGAAGAGGGAAGAGGCAUUGCGGGAAAUCGGGGUUAAUGAGAAAGGAGGUGUGGUAAAGGAGGUUGAUGCAGGGAAGAAGGAGGCGAGGGAGAAGUCGUUGGGGGCACUGCUAAACGGGCUGAGGGGGCUGGAGUGAAGAACACUGUCACAGUGCAAACCCCUUGAUCAGAGGGGAGGGGCCAUCCAGGAAGUCUAAGGAAAUACUCCAUGUUCCCAUAUCUACAGGUAAUGCUGGCAAAUUUCCAUAUUUACAUACAAGUCCAAAAGAGCGAGAAUAAAGAUGCUAAACGAAUGUGAGGUGUUGUUAGAGAAGAAGAGAAUUGC